GCUCUUUGUAUAUAGCCAUAUCAUGCAGCGCACAGAAUUUCAGUUGUUUAAGAAUUAAGUUAUUAGGUGCAGUAAUGGCUCCCACUCGAAUUGGCAUCGAUCUGACCGACUCUCCGCUGAAAGUCGGCGGCCUUGUGGAGGACCGGUACAUCGUCGUCGAAGGAUCGAAGGGAUUGAAACUGAGGGGGGCAGCUGCUUCGACAACAAAGGAAGAAGUGGUGGCGAUUCUGAAAGAUGCGGUGGACGUUGUCAAGAGCUCCUUCGGGGCCCCAAAAUUCGACGCUGCCGUUAUAGUCAUUCCUAACAACACGAGUGAAAAACACCAAGAUGACAUAAUCUCGUACGGGAGGGGCAAUGGCUUCAACAUCACACAAGUCAUCAAAGAACACAGCGCCGUUUCUGCCGUCUAUGCCAAGAAGGUUCAACCAAAAAUCUCCACGAACCUCGCCAUCAUUUCUCUAACGGGUGGCAUCCUCGAAAUCAGCGCGGUCUCCAUAGUUCCCCCAAUAAACCAAUAUGAACACUAUCAUUUCGUCCUGGAGGCGCACGAAGCUCAUCCUGAGGUGAUCGACUUGGAUGAGUCUAAGGAUCGAAAGGGUAGUGGGAGUGGAACAAGACGAAUUAUUGGAGGAGCUGUGAAGGCACUCGUUGUGGACCCAUUUCAGAACGCUUUGGCUGGUAUUCUAAAGAAUGUAGUGGAGAUUCUAAACAUCAAGAAGACUAAGGUGGAUAAGGUGGUGUUCGUCGGUAAGGCGUCAAGGUCGGAGAAAGUGAGGAAGGCGGUGAAAGAGAAAUUCAGCAAGGCUGAGGUGUGGGAAGGGAUAGAUAAUCCUGAUGAAAUUGUGGUGUACGACGCUGUGUAUUUGUCUUACGAGGAUAAGAAGAUACCGAUUUACCCGUUGAAUACUCCAAAAAUUCCUGAGGACCAAGGACAAGCUGAAUUCCCAGAGUCGACACCUGGCAGAUGAUCCUAAUGUUUAUCUGAAAUCAGAGUGGCUGGGUGUGUUGACCAUGAAUAUAUCGUAUAUGGACUUCCAGCCAUGCCUAGUGUUAAUUACAAUAUAUUAAAGUGUCUCUUUGCUUUCAAAUAAAGGAAAGCUCUCCACAAAUGCAUGGAUGGGGAGGGUGGUACGUACGUACCUUUUCACGUAUGUUUUAUUUCCCUACAUGGCUCGUUUAUGUCCUUCAUUUUGUAUACUACGUACCAUGUGUUCAAUGUAUAAGUCUGUCAUUUAGUAGUAUGUAUG